CACCCCCUUUACAUACUGGUUGCUCAGCCAUAUCAACGUGAGCUGUCCACUGGGAACAUUGGAAGAGCUUGAGGAUGCGCUAGGAACGGCCAUCGACACGUGUGGCCACUCGUGGACCGUUUCUCACUUUCAAACGGCGUUCCGUCUCUUCACGUUCGAGGCGCUCUCCAUGGAGCAUACCUGCGACUAUGCGCCUGCUGAUGCAACCUGCUCUGACGCCGACGACCCUGACAGCACUGAUGAUGCUAACCAUACGCCCCUCCACCAAGCUAUCACCACACUCUAUCGGGAUAUAUGCGAUGAGUUCGAUGCUAUGAUUGAGGAGGAAUAUUGUCCGAUGCAGAGCCGUAGAGAGGCAGACGAAUCAACUACAACCAGCUCAGAGAGAUCUCCCGUAUCCAGCGAUGAAGAGGAAGAAGAAAAAGACGAUGAGUGGAGUUCUGGGUCAGAGAGUGAUGAACAAUCCGAUGAUGCAGACCAUUCUUCGGCCCUCGACUCGGAAGAGUACCGCGAAGCGGGUGAACUCUGGCCAAAGUGGCUGAGGCUGUGGACCUGGCGGCUCGACGACGCGCUCGAGAGAUUGUCCGAAAAAGGUGUCCAGGAAAAUCAUAUGCAGGCCGCCGCAGAGAUCGGCGUCAUGUGGUGUGAUCCGCCGCAGCCGCCUCCACAAGCCACCAGCUCUCCAACUACAACAUGGUUGAAGGUCAAUGAAAUCAGGCCGGAGUAUAUAGGUAAGGAGUUCUGGCUUCAAGAGCUGGAUAAGAUCUGUGCUGAGUCUUGAUCCCUCCCUCCAUGAGGGCUGACUGGUUUGAUAUUUGUAUACGACGAAGAGCCGGAUGCGUAAUCGCUGUCGAUGGAGAAUGACGCGGCUGUAGUCAGGGCUGGUUGCAAAAGCAAAUCGAAU